UAUAAGAACCAGGAAUUGCUCUAACAGGUUCGUUGGUCCGGGUGCUGUCACUGUGAUUGUACCACCAUUUCUCACUGCAUAAUUGUAACGUGAAAUAUAUUAAAUUCUACAUUAAAUUUCACCAUUGUCCCACUAGCUUCUGCAUUUGACAACACUGGAAGGAUCUCCUGUAUUUUUAACAUGCAUUUAGUAAUAGCGGUUCAAAUACCAAGACAACAGCUUUUCAGUAGCAAUUCCAAAUGAUAAUCUGUUUAUCCACCUAGCCACAACCUGUAAUAUUUUUUUUUCAAGGUAAGACAGUAAAAUGCUACUUUCCAUAAUUACCCAGAUGUUUUACUCGUGCAUAGUUUAAAGCUUACUGCUAUUACUCGAUGAAAGGUUUAAAAGUAUCAACCACAAUCCUUCCCCGCUUCACGAAAUCAGUUUGCUCAGCCUUGCUUAUUAAGGAAGAGGCAUUCAGCUAAAUACACCAUUCCUUCUGGAUUAUGUAUUAAAUAAAGGAGAAGAGAAACGUAAUUGGAUUAUGAUCACCUCUAUACACUUCAAAGAUUAAGUGAAAAUAUGAUUUCGUAUGCUCUCUAUUCCUGAGUUAUUAAGGCGAAUUAUAAUUAAAAGGCUGUGCGAUACCAUCCGCUUCUUGUUCCCCAGAAAUGCUGCUGCUUUUCCCAAACGGGGGUGUCACAGUCCACGUCACUGCGCACCGUAAACUUUCGCCUGCAUGCCGCGCUCCUCCGACACCCACAAGCCGCUGUCUGACGCCUCCCUCUCCGCAUCCAUCCAGGCGGCCGCCGCUUCGGCUGUACCACUCGCCGGAUCGCGCUCCACCGACAACCUGCCACUUGGUAUCGGCGUGGUGGGAGGUUCGCCCGCUUGGUGCGGAUGAGAGCCGGGGGAAGGAUGCUGGAAAGGGAUCGCAAACUCUCCAGGAUUACUCACUGUGCAGAAGCCUCUGCUUGGUAUAAUAUGCGGCCACAUUCCGUGGCAAGGCGGAUCUGAUGAUUAGACAAGUCGAUGGACAGCGAUAACCUGCUUGCAUGUCGGGUUAAGCCGCAGAUUCUCUGAUUAACCCGUAAAAAAAACAGGUCGUCACUCCAAAGCCGAGUACGGUUUAGGUGACAUAGACAUCGUCAACUUUAAAAUAUGAAGAUGCUCGCAUGAGCCGUGGGAUCCCAGCAGCUCUUUGCAAACACGUGUCCUGUCACGAAAUGCAUCGGGGAAGUUGUCAGCGGCGAGUUAUUUCUGCAUAUGCGAUGUGAAGGAGGAGGUCUUUCAACAGAUCGGCGUUUUUUGGUCCACAAUGAUGUUUCCCUUCUGGGCUGUAAACACACGCACAUGCAGACUCUGUCCAAACGCAGCCUGAUCCCAGGCACAACUCUGCGGAUACAGUUAAGGGUUUCAAGAAAGGACUACAGAAGACUAUACAAACUACAGCAACGAGGGGGAAAAGAUGCUUUAAUUAGAAAUAUACUAUGAUUUUCGAAAGACGGAAUGGCAAGUUCGGUGUCUUUAUUCUCUUAACCCUGAACCUGGUGAAAGCACCAUACAUGCUGCGUUAUUUUCAGAGUUUCUUCAAGACUUUCAUAUGGACGUAAACACACAAACGAAAUCCGGGGAAAGACAAAAAGUGGCAUUUGAAAAAGAAGGUUUUAAAAGCCCUUAAAGUCGGAGUUUUCAAAUAGCCCGAGUUACGGGUUGAAACUGCGUGCUUUUUGGAUUUCGGUGACAUGACCGCAUAUGGAAAUCCUCGGAUGCUUUGUUUAAAAGGAAAUUCCUAAAAGACUUGUUCGUAAACGACACAACUUAAUAUGGGUUUGAAUAGUUAUUUUGUGUCAUUUGUACCCACUCAUGGAAUGUAGGCGACAUGCGGCAGCGUGGGGUGACACGCCUGGUAUGGAGCGCGCUUUAGGGAACAGGGGGGGUUCAAAUGGGAAUUACUAAUUGAUAGUCCUAUAUCGCUUUCAUAUAGCCGAAUACGUGGAUGGCAACGGGAAUAACAUGCAAGACAUACCGGAAAUAUCUCGAAAUAUGUGUUGAAAUGACGCCGAUGUCUUUCUGUCGCCAGCGCGGAGCGGUGCGGAGCGAUGAAUUAGGAGACUCGCGGUAGAACUUCUGCAGAUGCUCCCGUCUCCGCGCUUAUAACCGGGAAAAGUUCAUUCAAACAUGAUAUCCUGAAGCACACACUAUAUCUAAAGGACCAAAAACAAUUAUCUGCAAAAAGGAAAAUAAAGAAAUAAUAAAUCAGGGUGACGAAUGAGAUACUGUCGGUCAACAGCGAAGCGCAUAAGAGCCCCUGUCCGUUUGUCUGGAGGAGCUAAAUCAGCGACAGGUGUUUCUGAUAAAACCAGCCGCUCACGCCGCCGGUAUGCUACGCUUGGGAUGAAAGUCGACCUCGUGGGUUGAUCGUGGACCCCAGCCCAUCGACUUCUCCUGCCUCUGCUUCCGUCACCAUUAGCCCUGCUGCCCACAUGCAGGCCAAGAAGAGGUACCUGCUUGUGUCUCUCGGGGCUUGUGUUUUUCUGCUCGCCUAUCUCUGGGGUCUGCAGAUCGGGGAGAUCCAGCACCACCAGCACCACCCCCUCACCCACCUGGACAAAGUAUCACAGAGCCAGAGUUUCCUGAAGCAACGUUGGCUGCCGUCCACCCAUCCUCUGAGGACUUUCCUGGAUGGAGGUGAGGAGGAGGGAGAGGAGGAGGGACAUGUUCUCCAUCCCCACCACCACCAGCACCUAUCUCCUCGCAAAAGGCGGGAGAUACACAAACACAUAUUCCAAAACAGGAGAUGUCGUAUGGACACAUGCUUUGACUUCAGCCUAUGCCAAAAUGGAUUCAGGGUCUACGUCUACCCCCUGCCCAAGGGUGAGAAGGUCUCUGAGAGCUAUCAGAAGAUCUUGACUGCCAUCGAGGAGUCCCGCUUCCACACCACGGACCCCAGCGACGCGUGCUUGUUUGUGCUGAGCAUUGACACACUUGACAGGGACCAACUGUCUAGUCAGUACAUCCACAGCGUCAAGACAAAAAUCCAAAGCCUUCCCUUAUGGAACGCGGGGAGGAACCACCUCAUAUUCAACCUCUACUCUGGUACUUGGCCGGAUUAUACGGAGGAGCUGGGCUUUGAUAUAGGUCAGGCUAUCUUAGCCAAAGCCAGCAUCGACGUGGACAAUUUUCGGCCCAACUUUGAUGUGUCCAUUCCUUUGUUUUCGAAAGAUCACCCGCAGAAGGGCGGCGGCAGGGGCUAUUUGACGCUCAACAACAUUCCCCCAUCACGGAGAUACUUGCUCGUUUUCAAAGGAAAGAGGUACCUGACUGGUAUCGGUUCAGAAACAAGAAAUGCUUUAUAUCACAUUCACAAUGGGGAAGAUAUAAUUUUACUGACCACCUGUAAGCAUGGGAAAGACUGGGAAAAACACAAGGAUGCAAGAUGUGACAAGGACAAUGAAGAAUACUCAAAGUUCGAUUACCAGGAGCUUCUCCACAACUCCAGCUUCUGCCUGGUCCCCCGAGGACGCAGACUGGGCUCCUUCCGUUUCCUAGAGGCCCUCCAGGCGGCCUGCAUCCCAGUGUUGCUAAGCAACGGCUGGGAGCUGCCCUUCUCAGAAGUGAUCGACUGGAGCAAAGCGGCCAUCAUCGGAGACGAAAGGCUUCUGCUGCAGAUUCCUUCAAUUACAAGAUCUGUGGACCAUGACAAAAUAUUGGCCCUCAGGCAACAGACUCAAUUCCUGUGGGAUGCUUAUUUUUCUUCAGUAGCAAAAAUAGUAUUAACUACAUUAGAGAUAAUCCAGGAUCGAGUGCACGCCCACAUAUCAAGAAACAAGUUAAUGUGGAACGCACAGCCUGGGGGACUCUACAUCUUGCCCCGUUUCUCUACGGAUCCUGCAAACUUUCCCUUUUAUUACGCUGCCCUGGGUAAAAGCCCGUCUCUGGAGUUCACCGCCGUCAUCCAGGCCGCGACCCCUCUGCAGUCACAGCUACAGCCCAUCGUCAAGCUCAUCCUUGCCGUGGCAAAGUCGAAGUUCUGUGCGCAGAUAAUAGUGCUGUGGAACUGCGAGAAGCCGUUACCUCCGAAGAGCAAGUGGCCCACCUCAUCAGUGCCUAUCACAAUCAUCGAGGGAGAAAGGAAGACAAUGAGUGGACGCUUCUUCCCCCAUGAUGCCAUUGUGACCGAUGCCGUCCUCAGUCUGGAUGAAGACUCUGUACUCUCUACCAAUGAGGUGGACUUUGCCUUCAUCGUGUGGCGCAGCUUUCCGGAUCGGAUCGUGGGGUACCCCGCGCGCAGUCAUUACUGGGACAGCAGCAAGACCCGCUGGGGAUACACCUCCAAGUGGACCAACGAGUACUCCAUGGUUCUGACGGGAGCGGCGUUUUACCACAGGUAUUACCACUACCUGUUCACUCAUUACCUGCCAGCAGGCCUUCUGAACAUGGUGGACCGCAUGGCCAACUGUGAGGACAUCCUGAUGAACUUCCUGGUGUCCGCGGUCACCAAGCUGCCUCCUCUCAAGGUCACUCAGAAGAAGCAAUAUAAGGAGACCAUGAUGCAGCAGGGGUCCAAGGUGUCCCGCUGGGCAGACCCGGACCACUUCGCCCAGCGACAGGCCUGCAUGAACUCUUUCACCAGCUGGUUCGGGUUCAUGCCGCUCACACACUCUCAGAUGCGGCUGGACCCCGUGCUCUUCAAGGACCAGGUGUCCAUCCUGCGGAAAAAGUACCGAGACAUUGAGCGCCUUUGAAGCACCGCUGGGGUGGAACCCUGAGCUUUUUUUAAAGACUGACGUCUCAUCCAGUUGCUUGAACUCAACCUGUGACUUGAUCUCUGAAGAGUAUUUUAUUAUAAAAUAUGCAACAGUGGGCCAUUUUGUAUCUAAUAUGGUCCAUUUAUCCAUGAUCAUCUAGAAUCUGUCAUCUAACUCUCAGUAUCAGUGAGUUGGAAUCUACUGUCGUUGCUGUUGUUGUUGAUGAUGAUGAUGAUGAUGAUGAUACUGAAAUUUAUGGCUCCGUCUCACGGACUUCAGCGCCAAGCAGACUGGCUCAGAACGAGGACCAGCUCAGAGGUCACUGAGCGACGUUGCUUAAGUUUUCAGCAUAUACAGACCCCACCAAUAGGGAUCAGAUGUCCCAGAAAUGCAAUGGAUGUUUUCAUGUCACCUGGAAAGAUUUUAACUCUAGCACUGUAUUUGUCGCUCUCCAUUGUUUAUUUCCAGGGCUUUCAAAUUUAAGAGUUUAUUUUUGUUCGCUGUACCUCACACAUAAGCUUUAAAUUGCAACCACAGCUCUGAUAAAGUACGUCCAAAUGUG